AUGGGUCGGUCCGCGGCAGCCCAGGCGCCGCUGGAGGACCGCCGGCGGUGGAGCGGGGCGGCGGGGGGCUGGCUCCGGAUCACCCUCGUCUCGUUCCUGGCCACUUUACCUGUGGAGCAGCUGCGCGCCUUCCCGUCCUCCCUCAGCGACUGCCAGACGCCAACCGGCUGGAACUGCUCCGGUUUUGAUGACCGGGACUCAGACCUGUUCUUGUGUGACACCAACACGUGCAAGUUUGACGGGGAGUGUCUGCGAAUUGGAAACAUGGUGACAUGCAUUUGUGAUUUCAAGUGCAACAAUGACUAUGCCCCAGUGUGUGGCUCCAACAAUAAGAACUACCAGAAUGAGUGUUUCCUCCGCAGGGAUGCCUGCAAGCAGCAGUCUGAAAUCCUUAUCAUGUCGGAAGGCGACUGUCCUGCCGAUGCCGGCUCCGGAUCAGGAGACGAUGGAGGCGAAGGCUCAGCUGAGACAGGGCAAAAGGAAACAUCCACCUGUGACAUUUGCCAGUUUGGGGCAGAGUGCGACGUGGAUGCAGAGGAUGUUUGGUGUGUUUGCAACAUCGACUGUUCCCACAUCAGCUUCAACCCGGUGUGUGCCUCAGACGGUCGCUCCUAUGACAACCCCUGCCAGGUGAAGGAGGCGUCCUGUCAGAAGCAGGAGCGCAUCGAAGUCAAGUACCUGGGCCACUGCCAAGGCGACAUCAUCACCGGGAACAAAGACGAUGGACACUUCGCGCGGACCGACCUCACGGUGGGGGAAAAGGAUGACCCAAGUAACGGGCUGGCCCGCGGCCUGUACAUCCCCUGCCCUGAUCACUACAAAAACUACUGUGUCCACGGAGAGUGCCAGUUCCCCAGUAUUCUGGCCCAGCCCUCCUGCAGCUGUCACUCAGGCUUCAGGGGCCCGAAGUGCGACAUCAAAGAGUAUAACGUGCUCUAUGUGGUGCCUGGCUCAGGUAAACUGCACUAUGUCCUCAUCGCCUCCAUCAUCGGGGCACUUCAGGUGGUCAUCAUCUGCGUGGUGGUGCUCUGCAUUACCAGGAAGUGCCCGCGGACCAACCGGAUUAACCGUCAGAAGCAGAACAACGUCCACUUCAGUUCUGAGAAUACCAUGCGAGCCUCCACUCGACUUAUCUGA